CACGCUCUCAUGGGAGAGAAUAAUCAAGUACUUUUAGACCCAUAAAUAAUGGUGUGGACUGUUUGGUGCCUCAAUAAUCAAUACCCAAAAUUCACUAUCAUCUUCUAACAAUCAUCAACUUAAUCAUAGCCGAAUGAGUAGGAGAUCUCACAAUAAGCUCAACCGGGAUCCCUCCGUAGAGAAUCAAAACCGCCUUCGAAGAAGAAAGGGGCAGUGAGACUGAGAUUUCCCCACACUCUCUUGCAAAAGCGGAAGAAAAAAAUGGAGAAGUACGAGCUGGUGAAAGACAUAGGAUCUGGAAACUUUGGGGUAGCGAGGCUGAUGCGUAACAAAGAAACCAAAGAACUCGUCGCCAUGAAGUAUAUCGAACGUGGCCAGAAGAUCGAUGAGAAUGUGGCAAGAGAGAUCAUGAAUCAUAAAUCGCUACGUCAUCCAAAUAUAAUUCGGUUCAAAGAGGUGGUUUUGACUCCUACACAUCUUGCAAUUGUGAUGGAGUAUGCAGCUGGUGGUGAACUCUUUGAGCGAAUUUGCAACGCUGGAAGAUUCAGCGAAGACGAGGCCAGAUAUUUUUUCCAGCAGCUUAUCUCAGGAGUUAGCUACUGUCACUCCAUGCAAAUUUGCCAUCGAGAUUUGAAGUUAGAAAACACCUUGUUGGAUGGGAGCCCUGCUCCUCGUCUGAAAAUCUGUGAUUUUGGUUAUUCAAAGUCAUCUCUGCUGCAUUCAAGACCCAAGUCAACAGUCGGAACUCCAGCGUAUAUUGCACCAGAAGUUCUUUCUCGGGGAGAAUACGAUGGCAAGAUGGCAGAUGUAUGGUCAUGUGGAGUGACACUUUACGUUAUGUUGGUUGGUGCAUACCCAUUCGAGGACCAAGCUGAUCCAAGGAACUUUAGGAAAACUAUUAGUAAAAUAAUGUCAGUUCAAUACAAAAUCCCAGAUUAUGUUCACAUAUCUCAAGAUUGCAAACACCUCCUUUCUCGCAUAUUUGUUGCUAAACCCUCCAGGAGGAUCACCAUCAGAGAGAUCAAGAACCAUCCAUGGUUUUUAAAGAACUUGCCCAGGGAACUGACAGAGGCAGCUCAAGCUGCCUACUACAGGAAAGAAAACCCAACUUUCUCCCUUCAAACUGAUGAUGAAAUUAUGAAAAUAGUUGAAGAGGCUAAAGUUGCUCCUCCAGUAUCACGGUCUGUUGGAAGCUUUGGCUGGGGUGGAGAAGAAGAUGGGGAUGCAAGGGAAGAAGAUGAAGAGCAAGCAGAGGAAGAGGAAGAAGAUGAGUAUGAGAAGACAGUAAAGGAGGCACAUGCCAGUGGAGACAUUCAUGUCUCUUAGAAGUAGUAUAUGCUUUCCAAAUGACGGAGUUAUGCCUUUAGUGCUUGCGUUUAUAUGAGGUCAGUUUCUACCUAGGACCUGGUGUUGAAUAAACAAUAUGUAAACUAGUGUCUCUUGGGCAAGAAGUUUGUGCAGUCUUUAUUAUGAUUGUUUGGGGUGUGUUGCUACUGAUCUUUUAAGGUGGAACUAGGAUUUGAAGCCACCCAGUUGCUAAGUUCCCUGUAUAGGGAACGGCUUCAUAAGUUAUGGGUUAUUAAGGGUCUAAACUUUUAGAGUCGAAUGGAAGAUAUGCGGGUCAUGUCUGUUGAUUUCUAUCAUAAAAUGGUAUGCCUGGAGGUUUGACUCAUAAAAAUUUAGGAAAUCACCGUUAUAAUGUUAAAGUAACCUUUUUAUGUUGCA